GGGAGACAAAGGCCGUACCAUGCGGAAGCACAAUUGGGUGGAUAGCCUCAUGGUCUUACAUAAUUGCAUUCUAGCCCCAAUCCGAGUACCCUUUCUUUCUACUUCUCUACCCACACGAUCUCUAUAUAAACGUUUCUCUACUCCUACAAUUUCACCUUACACCCAAGACAAUUCGUAUCUGUCAUGUCUCACUUCAGCGCUGGUAUCAAGAAGAACACCACUCGGUCUGACCAACGAGCAGACCAGCGGCUCCUGGCGAAAAUGUCUCCAGUUGACCGCCCGUAUCCUCUAAACGCUGUCUGCCCCAGACCAAUACCCAACUCCUACUGGGCAACUCCUUUGCUUUUGGCUUGCGAGUACCCUUGGACACCUAAAAAUCCAUACAGACCCAAACUGGACGCUCUCCUCAAGGCGGGUGUGCGCACUUUUAUUGAUCUCACUGAAUGUGGAGAGCUUUCCCCUUACUCGAAUAUCCUCUGUGGGCGUGCGGCUCUUCUUGGCAUCGACCCUGCAACGAUUGAGUACCACAACUUUCCUAUCCGUGACCGAUCGUUACCACAAAGUGCCGAGUACAUGAAUUCUGUCCUGGACGUCUUGCGUGACAAUGAGGUCCGAGCAAGAAUUAGCGCGGUUCACUGUCGAGGUGGUAUCGGUCGUACGGGUAUGGUCAUCGGUUGUUGGCUCGUUCAAUCAGGAAUUGCGAAGGACGGCGACGAGGCGCUUCAGAUCAUCGCAAAGGAGUGGUGUACUGUCGAGAAAUGCAAACGCUUCCCACAUAGCCCAGAGACAGGCCCUCAGUUCCAAUUCGUCCAACAGUGGAUGCGAAGGGACCGAUGUGGCGAUCAUGAGGCUUCACUACAAAAAGCGCAGACUGUCGUGUGAUUCUCUCUCACUAUGGCACCGCACUCACCACCACAUUGUUCUUUACUUUGGGGUUUAUAUAUGCUGGAUUUACCUGCUUUUGACGACUAUUUCAUUCA